UUCCAGACAGGACGCUAAAAGAAGUAGCAGCGACGAAAGAGGCCUAAAUCUUUUCAUCAUUUUAAUAUUUUAUCGGAUUUUGCCCUGUGUUUGAUACUAGUAUUGCAUAAUGGCUGAAGAUAGUCCCACAGAUCUUGAAAACCGUGAUCCUAACUCGAUAAAUGGACAACUUCAGGUCGCAUUCGAAGACGUGUUCGCCGAGCCCGACCAAGCGCACAGUAUCGACUGCGUGUGGAUUAACUCCUACAAGUGUUUCAACUGCACCAAGAACUGCUGUUACAAGGUGCUGACCGUCCUGUGUGGUAUCAUCACCGCCUUCUGCUGGGCGUGCGAGUUCGCCGUGGUCACGUUCUAUCACGUGUGGGUCAUCACACCAUGUUUCAGGAUCUGCGAGAUGAACAUGGGAUGCUGCAAGAAGUUCUACAGCAUGUGUAUUCACUGCUGGUUUGACCCGAUCUGUGAGGCGUGCGGACUCCUCUUCUCAGCAUUCAAAAAAUAACUGUGAUGAUAAAACACUUCAGGCGGAUUUUGGUUGUGACAAAUUGUUGUGUUUAUUUAUCAUUUCGAGGCGCCACCUAUAUUAAGUCCGCACUUUCUACCGGCCUCGUACCAGGCAAUGUUUCUGCAUGCCUGCAAUAAUGGAAUUCAUCGGAGCUAAGCCACCUGAGAUGAGAUCGGUAGAGUGUAAACAUGAUGGUUUUCUUGUCACGUUCUGUAGUACAAACACAAUAAUCAAGUCCACAUGUAUCCAACCACAAAUUGGGAGUGAAGUAUGACAAUGUACCCAGCUGGAGCUGGACUGGUACAGGUGUACAUUCUCCGCUUAUAAGUAAUGUGAAGUCGGCUAGGAGCCGGAGACACGGCGAUUCAAUAACAAUGCGAGUGCCGCAAACUUCCAAGUCGUUACCGCUCCUGAUCAAGUUUAUAAUAUGCCAUGUAAAUAUGUUAGAUUAAAUUGCCCUUUUUCUUUGAAUGUACAAUAUGUAUAUAAAGAAACUAUGCAAAUAUAUGAUAA